GUGCGCUUUGCACUUCACUACUCUUUCUCCCUAAAAUCUCAAUAAUAAUAAUUUUAUUAUUAUCAUUUUGUGUUUGACAAUAUUGAUCAUCACAAUGAAGAUUCUUCAAUGGAUGCAAAAAAGAAUAAAUGGGAACAAUGAGAAAAAGAAACCAAGCCCAAUUUCAACUACUUAUUAUAUGAGACAUUAUGAACCUUGCAAACAAGAGUUCGGUGAUUGGCCUCAAGCACUUCUUGCAAUUGGAACCUUUGGGACUAAUAGUGAUAAUCAGAAAGAAGAUUCAGAAAAGACUAAUAAGGGCAGAGCAUUAGAUCCACCUUGUUUUCAAGAUUGUGAGGAUGAAUUCACACUUGAAGAAGUUGGAAGCCUUCAGAAUGAAUUCAACAAGUAUUUUCAGGUGCCAGAGGAGCCAAACUCGGCCGCAAAGCCAUUGAGCACUGAAAAUUCAAGCUUUGAAGAAGAAGAGGAAGAAGAAGAAGGGCAUUAUGGUGAUUUCCACCAGAGCAGCAGUUUAAUGGAUGCCAAGGGAAAAGAUCAAUGUUUGGAUCAUAGCCGCAAGAAUGGUGUUGCAAAGAAAUCACUUAAUUUUCUUCUAAAGAAGAUGCUUGUUUGCAACAGUGGAUUUCAGCCUACUCCUCCUUUUCUCAAAGAUCCAUCACUCUCCACAGAGUCCAGAAUGGAGAAGAUUUUGAGGGCAAUACUUAACAAAAAGAUAUAUCCCCAAGGCACCUCUUCAACAAUGUUUAUAAAGAAGUACCUAGAAACCAAAUCAAUGCCCCAAUAUUAUUCUGAUGAUGAUGACAAUAAUGAUGAUGAAUUUGCUAAAGCUGUAGUCAAUGGAUGCAAAUGGGUCAAGACAGAUGCUGAGUAUAUUGUUCUUGAAAUAUAAUUAGCUUCUACUUCUUAUUCAUUACUACUUUGAUUUAUUUGGUCAACCCUGCUCAUCAAGGAAGCUAAUAAUAAUAAAAGCUUAUAACACUAGAGAGUGACCUACAUAUUAUUCAUUUUGAGGGGUGAAACCAAACCAAGCAAGUGUGAAAAAUUAUUGGAGGAUAUUACGGGAAAACAAAAAAGGUUUUACAUAUCAAUACUUGAAUAUCACAUAGCUUAAUCAAGAUCUUGGAGGAGAUUUUAGUUUCUUUAAACAUAAUAUUAUUAGCCUUGCUUUUCAAGCUUCCAAGGAAUGAAGUAGCUUUACGUAUCAAAGCCUUUUUGUGACAUAAAAACGAUGUUGAAGAAGUUAUGCUUUAAGCAUAAAUAAAAAGA